AUGGCCGAUCCUUUCGAGGUCCGCAUGAGGUUCUCCUCUCAACUCCGAAAUCUCAACGCGUCGACGACUUCGGCGCAAAAGGCCACCCAGUAUGCCCUAAAGUACAAGGAUAUGGACGAGGACCUGCACUCGUGCAUCCUCGAGCAGGUGGAGGGGAAUAACAUGAAUACGCGUGCAAACAUCAUGUACUUUAUCGAGCACUUUCUUGACUCGGCACAGAGGGAGGGUCACCCGGUCUACAUUCGUAUGAUGCAGCGUGACAUUAUUCGUGUUGUGGAUGCUGUUGCACCGGAUGAUGGCACCGGAGCGGCCAAUGUCAGGGUCGUGCGCCAGGUUCUUCAAGGGCUUCAGGCAAAGGGCUAUAUUGAGCCCCAGGCCGUCAGCCAGAUUCACGAGGUCCUAAAAGAGCGUGAAACGACGGCAGAUGAUCUUGGCUUAGCGUCGCCGUUGGGCGACGACGUGAACAUGGCCGAUACCUCCACCGCAGGCGCAAAGUCUGGCCAUCGCAGCGGGCAACACCAGAGGCUGGAGAAGCGCCACAUCGAGCAGCGCAUAGAAGAGGACCGCGAGCGACAUAAACGCGAGAGGGAGAGCAUGUGGGCCAUUCCUGCCGGCCCCGAGGCGGAGAUGAAGAAGCUUUGGGAGGAAACGAGUGAUUUCGGCGAGGACGAUGACAGGCUACUGGCUGACGAGGCCGAGGAUUUUGCUAAGGAAAUGGAGACUAGAGGGUGCCCUCACCGGCCAGCCCCCGCGGAUGCUGUUUGGGGUUGA